GAUCACCCGGGUGAAGGACGGCGCUUCUUUGCGUCUUGGGCUCUUCUAGAAGGAGGGAAAGGUCUGGUAACACCUUCCGGUUUAAACGGUAAUCUCCCGGUGGCGUGUAGCCCGACGGCGACAGUGGCGGCUGCGGUCGGCCAGCUGGUGUUGCCCGUGCGCCCCUGCUCGUGUCGCGCCGGCUCCCCGGGCUGGCUGACGGUGGUCAACAUGGCCCGUAUGAACAGGCCGGCGCCGGCCGAGGUCUGCUACAAGAACAUGCGGCUGCUCAUCACCCACAACCCCACCAACUCCACCCUCAACAGCUUCAUCGAGGACCUCAAGAAGUAUGGAGCCACGACGGUGGUGAGAGUGUGUGAGGUGACCUACGAUAAGACUCCGCUGGAGAAGGAUGGCAUAACUGUGGUGGACUGGCAGUUUGACGACGGCGCGCCCCCCCCCUCCAAGGUUGUGGAGGACUGGCUGAGUCUACUGCGAUCACGUUUCCUGGAGGACCCAGGGUGCUGCGUGGCUGUUCACUGUGUGGCCGGACUGGGCAGAGCUCCAGUGUUGGUUGCUUUGGCGCUGAUUGAAAGUGGGAUGAAGUAUGAGGAUGCCAUCCAGUUCAUCAGACAGAAGCGCAGGGGGGCGAUCAACAGCAAGCAGCUGACCUACCUGGAGAAGUACAGACCCAAACAGAGACUGCGCUACAAAGACCCACACAUCUUCAAGAACAAGUGCUGCAUCAUGUAACCCCGCCCCCCCCAAUCCCCCUCUUCCCACCCCAGCCAAUCAACCGCCUGACACCGACCGAUCUGACCCAAAUGGACGCCGAAGAGGACGGACGAGCCCACGGGCCGAUGCGCUUUGGCGACAGAACUCCCGAGAACUUCAGAGAUUAUAAAUCAUGACCUACACUGAGGUGUUUCGCCAGUGGAUGGACACAAUGCGUCCCUCUGGAGACCAGGGCCUGUUCUCGUACUGAGAACGCCGAUGGAUCAGUUCGCCUCCUGGAAUCUGACUUUUUAAAUCCAAGCUUGGUGUGGAUGGUGGGUGUGGGAAACACUGGCCUCCAUUGUCACCACUGAUAAGGUGGCGGCUCGCUGCAAACGACUUGAGUUGUAGAGGACUUGGUCGCGGUACCUCUCACGUGGUGGCAACGCCUCAAACCGUCGUCUGAAUGAAUUUGCAACCUAUGUGAAUAAUUAUCUUUGGGUGCCUGGUUAACCUUUUCCUACCCGGACUACGGCAGGGGAACUGGGUCGCCUUUCUGUUAAUUCCUUGUUCCAGUGCCCUGAAAAUGUGUUUACUGUAAUAUAUUUGUCAUGAUGCCACUUUUUAGCUUUAAUAUCUCUGCGUGUUUGCGGACGAGAGCCCGAGGCGGUGGGAUGCUGGUGAUGGUAUCGUUUUAACUGUCGUUUUAGACUAGGCAGGACUGUUCACUCACUGGCUUGUGGUGAUGUAAAUGGCUGUAGGGAACGAAUUGGGCUAACGUUGCUCCUGGACGCUGGUUUUGGGUCAGUUUUGCCUUAUUUGAAUGGAUAGGGAGGGAAGGCUGCCCUUUGGGGUGGGGUUACCCUUUAAAAACCUGUCCCUCUUUUUGUCCUUCCCUGUGCUUUGUUAUAUGGAAGCUGUAUGGUCUAGUUACGUGGACUACAUUUUCUUUGUUGAUCUGUAAGGCCAGUGUGGCCUGUCGAAGCACUUUCAUUUGGUCCCCCCCCCCCCCCCCCUUUGCCCAUAUUGGCAUUGCUGGUUAAAGCCUAUACACAGAACGAAUGCGAAUCACAAGUUGCUGUUUUCUAAGGUUACUGGCCCAGCUCCUCUAUCAGGUGACUUAUUGUACAGGUGUAGUAAGUUUACACCUCAGCAAACAGACACAGUCAGAGCCUUGUCUCUGUUCACUACACUGAAAUCCCCUUUCUGCCUUCUGAAGAGUCUACUUACAGUUUAAUUGAAAUAAUAAAGUUGGUUUCUGUCA